AUGUUUUUAUCCUUUGUAGUUACCAAUCCUUCCGCGUAGAAAUCGACCGAGCAGAGAGGUGACUCAGUACUAAAACAAAGAGGAAACAUGGCGUCUCCCGGUGGAAUCUUGACCCGUAUCAGAAGUUUUAUGCGACAGCCUACCAUGAAGAAAGCCGUCAAGACGAUUUUUCCGGAUCCAAUGGAUAAAUUUAAGUGGCAAGAUGUUCUGUGGGACUUCAGAAGCAAGGAAGCUCUUGAAGAAUGGACGCUGGUCACAGAUGAACAAUUUGGGGGCAAAUCUACAGCUGAAUUUGUGCAGAGUCCAGGCGGACGAGCUAUUUUUAAAGGACAUAUUUCCACCGAACUACCGCCUGCUUCAGAUGUUAAGUACACCGGAAUGUGCUCAAUCAGAGCACAGCCAAAAUGGGUGAGCUAUAAUGCUAUGUACCUCAUGUAAGAAUUCAUGUAAUGUCCUAAUCCAUUCUCAUGUCAUAACUUGGGGACUGAGUCAAUUUGUUGGGGAAGAGGUCCAGUUGACAUUCUGUUCCGGGGGGGCAUAGGAAAAAAGAGAGAGUCUCCAGAUUUUAGAUCUGUAGAGGUUGGCAUCUCUUGCCCUUGCACCAGAUAUGUGUCAAAGCUAUGCGGUCUUGCCCUUGCACCAGAUAUGUGUCAAAGCUAUGCGGUUGUCUAAGCGUCUUCCUUAUUUGUCAGGAUUGGAUGGGAGAUGUGUUAACAAAUGACAUAGCAGAUUUUGAUGGUAUUCAAAUGAAGAUAAGAGGAGAUGGCAGAACCUAUGCAUUUAAUGUUCAAACACAGAGCAUCAGGGAGGAUGACGUACACCAGACCUUUAUCCACACAAGAGGGGGACCACUGUGGGAGAUAGUGCGGGUAAAUCACAAUCAGUUAUUACAUUGUAGAGAGAUUUAGAAUCACAUUGGCAAAAGGCAAUUUCUAUCAUGCAACUGGGUUUUUUGUUUACAUCUCCUUUACUCUUUAUUAGAUCUUUACACAAAUAAUAAGUCUGAUGUCAGGUUCAUACAUAGGAAUUCUUCUGUUAAGUUUUUAUCUGCUUACUUCCUAAUUUAAGAACUUGUCCUCUUGAAUCUGGCAUUCAUUGUUUGCAGUAAACAUUAUUCUACCAGUAAGUCAUUCUCUUACCAGCAAUAAUGAUAUUGUGAUAUUUAUUGAUGACAGCAUCACUUUAGACUAAUAACUUUAUCCUCUUAACAUUUUUAACAGAUUCCUUUCACGAAAUUUGUUCUCACAAAUGCUGGAUACUUACAAGAUCAUCAGAUGGAUUUUCCCAGAAUACGAACUGUUGGCUUCACUCUUGCAGAUUACAACACUGGACCAUUUCAUCUGGAAAUUGACUAUAUUAAGCUAGUUAUGUUCAUGUACCAGCCAAAGCACUUCAAGUAUCACCACAAACCAAAGGACUUUUGAUUUUAUAAAGUCAGGCAAACAAUCUUCUUCUCUUUCCCUCCUUGGAGUCUAUUAUUAUUAACUCUUUUCGGUGCAAAUGAGGAGAAAAUAUUAUUGCAGAACAUAAAAAAGACAACAGUUAUGUUUUGGUCAAGAGCUUUCAAUGUGUAUUUCAACAGUAACACAAUAGAGGUUCCUCAAGACAUCAAAACUUCUGACAAAUUUGUUUGUCAUGUAUUAAACAACCUCUAGAAAAGCGAACACUGUUCGAGGAAAGUGUUAAUUUGUAGCUUAUUAAAGCCCUGGGGGGGAUACUCCCAUACAUUACCUAUACGGGUAUGUGCCGCCCAAUGGGUCGUGAUUUUGAAGCUCCUGAUUUAGAACGGGGUAUCCAUUUCAGGGGCAUUUUCUAGAAUGGGGUAUAAUAUUUCGAAUGCACAAAACCUCCAGUUUUGUAAGCAGCCAUUUGAAAUUAUUCAAGGACAGAUUGCUUUUAAAAAUACGGUUCAAUGCAUUAACAAGCAAACUGUUGUACUCUUGUUGCACCCUAGAACGGAGUAUAAAAAAUUGGCCCAUUUCUAGAACGGGGUAUAAAAAAUUGACCCAUUCCUAGAAUGGGGGGAAUUUUUUUAAGAACGGGGUGCACAUUUGGAGUCCCUGGCGGCACAUACCCACCCAAAAAAUACCCAAGUGCCCCGGGAUUAAAGCUACAUGGCUGUCAGUCUGUACUUUUGGAGAAAGAGAUUUGAUUAGUAAACAGUGCUCAGAAGCUGUAAUUUAAGGGGUUCAUAAAAUAAGGCAUUAACUGAAUCUUGUCAUAGUGUCAAAUUUCUCAUCUCAAGCAAAUAUGGGAAGAAAAUAAGCAGUUUAUCAAAAACCACUAUAAACACUUGUUAUUCAAGGAUGUCUUUUUUAUGCACCUUUUCAUUAGUUAUUGCGUUCAAUAAGUGGAAUAGCA